UAAUUAGAUAUAACAUUUUUUAAUUGAUGUUUAAAAUUAAUUAUAUAAUAAAAGAAAUUUAAUAAACAAAUAAUUAUAAAAUAGGUAACGAAACGUAAUUUGUCAUAUGACUGUUGAUAAACAGUAAUGCCAACAUUACAAAGUAAUCCACCAUUUUGGGGCAGCUGAUGUUUUCGUGAGAUACAGUAAAAUUUGCAAAUUUUGUAAAUUAAAUCUCAAAAUGGGUGCAUCUAUUGUCCCUAUAAUUGUAUUUACUGUCCUUUGGGGUGUGGUCGGCAUUGUGUGCCCUUUCUUUGCUCCCAAAGGUCCGAACAGAGGAAUUAUUCAAGUGGUGUUAAUGCUUACGGCUGCUACAUGCUGGUUAUUCUGGCUGUGUGCGUAUAUGGCACAAAUGAACCCCCUCGUUGGACCCAGACUGAACAAUGAGACACUUAUCUGGAUUUCCUACACUUGGGUAAGAUUUUGCACAUCUAAAUUCAAGAUCACCUAUUUGAUCUAGUCAAAUACCUAUAAAUUAACAAUUAUAAAACAAUCUGAAUCUCAUGAACUAUCAUGUAUUCGGAGAUCUAUAGAAUAAAACUUUUUGC